AUGUGCCCCAAUGAAAUGACCCAGGCUCACUACUAUUGUCGUGGUUCCAUCUGGCGUAGCUGGCGCGUGAGCGUUCCGAUACAUACAAUGGCUGAUCACUCCGAACCAUCAUCCAAUGUCUGGAUUGUCGCGGCAUGGAAUCAUCUCAGUCGGAAUGAGCAGGCUGCUAUGAUGGUGCUCUACUUUAUGGGUGCAAUAAUGACGGCGCUCGUUUGUGUCUGGGCAAAAUGGCACAUCAUUGAGUGGCGCCGGGGUCAGCGUCCAGAGCCUCGCCGCCCGAUCACCGACCAGAUUAUUGUUCUCCAGGGAUGGUGA